GAUUAGGCCAGUUUUGCAAAACUGUAUUCCUCUAUCGGAACUUUUGGUUACUACAAAACGGAGGGUGAGAAAAAGGAGAAUUAGUUAGUGUUUAGGGAAUGGCGAAUCCAAACACGAUGAAUCACCAUUUGGCUCAGAAUAGAUAUUUUGAAGAUGAAGCUUUUAUUGGCUACUUGAAAUAUCUUCAAUACUGGCAACGACCUGAGUACAUAAAGUUUAUAAUGUACCCACACUGCCUAUUCUUUCUCGAGCUUCUCCAAAAUCCAGCAUUUCAUAAUGCAAUGGCGCAUCCCGCCAACAAGGUAAAAAGUUGUCUCAUGUGUUAUUGUUGUUUCCUUCUCCACUUUUUAAUUGUCAAGGUGUUCAACAAAAAACUAGCACACAAUUAUUUGAAAAUUAAGCUGACAGAACUUUGGAAGCCAUCUGAGCCACUGACCCUGAUCGACCUUGGAAAUGAUUUCUACAUUGCCAAGUUUAACAACCCUGAUAAUAUGCAAAAGGAACUACACUGA